AUGGCGAAUCGGGCAGAGUUGCCGCUGGAUCUCCUUACUCAGAUUACAAAGCGUGUUAAAGUGAUUGAAGAUUUCAUUGCUUUUGGUGUUGUCUGUACCUCGUGGAGAACUGCUGCUAGAAAGAAAUUUUUCGAUGUGCUUUCGCCCCAAGUGCCAUUACUUAUGUUGGCGGAUAAAGAUGACUAUUAUCGAGAAUUUUAUUCUCUUUCUAAGAAGAAAGUUUCACGCAUAUUUCUCCCAGAAACUAGAGGGCGAGAGUGUUUUCCAUCAAAGGGAUGGUUGUUCACCAUGUCAUAUACCAGAGGGAUGAACUUGUUGCACCCUUUCUCUCAUAUCAAUAUACAGCUUCCCCCACGAAAAGACUUAUUAUUGGCUUCAGAGGGUCUCGUUGAAGCACCUGAAGAAGAUAUCUGCAUAGACAAAGCUAUCUUAUCAGCCAGUCCUUCUCUUACAUCAGAUUAUGUACUGGUGAUUAAUUAUAAUUAUGGACGUGUUAAUAGUUUGGCUUUUUGGCGGCAUGGAGAUCUCAACUGGACUCAUAUUGACAUUAACACCCAUGGUGGAGUCACGAGUAUGAAUUAUUACAAGGGUCAAUUUUAUUGUGUCACAUGGUCUGGCCAAGUCUGGGUUUUUGAUGUUGCAAGGCCUAGAAUUACCAAAUCAAUUGUAAAACCACGCUUGCUUAUUUGGCUGAAAGAUAAAAUCUUUGGUCAAUGUUCAUUUAAGUUCUAUCUAGUCGAGUUAUCCGGUACACUAUUACUUGUUACCCGAUUUCCUCAUGGAGGGUGUUAG